AUGGCGUUGCAUUGGUUGGAAGCUGUACUUCCUCUCGGAAUCAUUGCCGGAAUGCUCUGUGUUGCCGGAAAUGCUCAAUAUUACAUCCACAGAGCUGCUCACGGCCGACCUAAACACAUCGGUAACGACUUGUGGGAUGUCGCCAUGGAACGAAGGGACAAGAAGCUCGUUGAUCAAGCUUCUUCUAAUUAA